AUGAAGAAGAACGGUGGGUUCUUGGGCAGAAGCUUCAGCAAACGUGAACAGAAGAUGAUGAUGGCAACGGGAGCAUUCAUCACUAUCUUCCUCGUCGUUGUUAGCUUUCUUGAAUAUAAAGAGUCUGCAAAGAGCAGCACCGGAACGAGGACGACUGCAACAACAACAAGUAGUCCCGGGGAAACAAUCAUCACCGUCGUCGAUAAAGAUACGAGUUUCACUAAGCAAGAGCAGCCCGAAACAAGGAUGACCGCAACAACAACAACAAGUAGCCCCGAGGAAACAAUCACCACUACCAUGAAUAAAGAUACGAUUUUUGCAAAGCAGAAGCAGCCCGAAGCGGGGAUGACGGCAACAACAACAACAACAAGUAGCCCCAGGGAAACAAUCACCGCUACUGCCAUCGAUAAAGACACGGUUUUCGCAACACCAAAGCAGCCCGAAACGUUUCGGGCUGCAAAGUGCCGUUUCGGCGGGAGAUCCGAUUACUGCGACAUACAAGGGGAUGUCCGUGUCGACCCCAAGUCAGCAAACGUUUAUCACGUCGUCCCAUCGGAGACAUACCAAAUUAACAACAUCAGCUCACCGCCGCCGCCGGUGAUCAAGCCGUACCCGCGAAACGGCGACGAGGCCGCCAUGGGACAGAUAAGGGAAUGGUCGGUGAAAAUGGUGCCGGCAGACCAUCAGGACUUGCCGCCUUGUUCUUCUCGUCGAGUUCAUCAUCAUGAUGAUUCUUCCCCGGCGCUUAUCUUCUCUCUGGGAGCCUAUUUCGGAAACUACUUCCACGCCUUCACCGACGUUCUGGUGUCGCUCUUCGUCACCGCGCGCCCUUUCGACCGGCGGCUCCAUCUCCUCGUCACCAACGGUCACCACUUGCAGAUCACCAAGUUUGCAACUAUGUGGCAGGCACUGUCUAGAUAUGAAGUGAUCGACAUCGACAAGGUUCAACCAGAUGGAAAAGCCCUCUGCUUCUCGAGAGUUCUGCUCGGCUUAAAAGGGCGAGACGGCAAAGAACUCAGCAUCAACUCAUCGGAAACUCGAUACACGAUGAAAGACUUCAAACGUUUCCUGAGGAGUGCUUAUUCUCUCGACAAGACGGUCGCGAUCAAACUACAAACAGGAGACGAAAUCAAGACGACGAGGACGACGAAAUCGGUGCCACGACUAUUGAUAAUUUCGCGAGAGAGGACUCGGACGUUCACGAAUACGGAAGAGAUCGUGACGAUGGCUAGAGAGCUUGGGUACCAAGUAACGGUGACGGAACUCGACUCGAACGUGUCGAGAUCGGCGAGGAUCGCGAAUCGUGCCGAUGUGAUGAUGGGAAUCCACGGAGCGGGACUUACCAACAUGGUUUUUCUUCCGGAGGAUGCGGUUGUGAUCCAGGUGGUUCCGUUCGCCGUGGACUGGUUUGCGACUAACUAUUUCGGAGAGCCGUCGAAGGGUAUGAACGUGAGGUACUUGGAGUACAAGAUAGAGAGGGAAGAGAGCAGUUUGGUGAAGCAGUACCCGCCCGACGAUGUCGUUUUCACCGACCCGUCGUCGUUUCGAUGGGAGGAGUUCAGUCCCAUUUACAUGCUGAACCAGAAUGUUACGCUUAAUGUUACAAGGUUUGGACCUGUGUUAUUGAAAGCUUUAGAGCUUCUGCACCAAUGA